GUUGAGACCAGGGUGCACCAGUGUGUUACUUAACCAGUCUGCUUCACGACAGCCAUUUUCUAGCGCUUGCCUGCAAACGACGUAAGAAAAGAAGUUGCUGCGCGUCAAAUUAAUUUCGUGGAGAUGGCAGUGGUGCUUUGGGCAAUUCUGCUCAACACUAUGGUGACGUUAGCAGGCAAGCCACAAGCGAUUUUAGGACUUCAGCAUCGCUUACUGAAGACCAGUAACAAUCUUAGAAUGGAUAGAGGUGACAUCUAUGGAGAUAAAGGUUUUGGGCUGAACAAUAUCUUGCCUUGGUGGACACUGAAGGGCAACGAAAAACACCCAAUGACGGCUAAGCCUCGCUCGGCACCAAAGAAGAAGAAUGAGGCUCUUUCGGUACCAGUAGGCGUUAUGACCAGUAACAACUACACAAAGAAAAAAAUGAUGCAUUAUGAACGUGUGAAACGAGAGCUGGAGCCUAUAAUUUUUAAAGAAUAUAAUGUUGUAUUAGUCAUGUUGUACUUGUAUGAGUGUUUGUAUGAAAAACUAAGUCUAUUAAAUGAGCUGCUGCUUCAACUAGAGAAGAUCUUCAAUUUAGAAUACAUUGCCCAAAGGAAACCUAUAGGGAGCUGUUCCGAGCUAUUACACCACAAAAAACAAUCUGGUUAUUAUACUAUAUAUAUAGACGACGGCAUGGUGAGGCCCGUUACCGUGUACUGCGACAUGGAGACAAGGGGCGGAGGCUGGUUGGAGGUGCAGCGUCGCCGUAAAAAUAUCGAGAAACAUGUCAAUUUCACUCGGGGAUGGAAUUCUUAUAAACUGGGCUUCGGCAAUCCAGAGACCGAGUUCUGGCUCGGACUAGAAAACUUGCAUAUUCUUACUAAUCGGCAAAAGUAUGAAUUACGAAUAGAUCUCAAAAGCGAGGAUGGCAAAACUGCCUAUGCCCAAUACGACAACUUUUACGUAGAUGGGGAGGGUGAGGACUAUCGCCUGCAUGUCUCAGGAUUCAUGGGAACUGCUGGUGAUGCAUUCGGAGGAAAAUAUGACACUGAAGACGGAGGAGACAUACCAAGAGGAGUGCCGUUCUCCACAGUGGACCGUGAUCGUUCAUCAGGAAACUGUUCUUCGAAGUAUUGUGGCGGCUGGUGGUACUUGAACUGUGGAUGGAACAGACUGAACUCUCCUCAUUUUUCAACGAUUGAACAUUAUAGACAAGGAAUGAAAUGGUCUACCUUUACUGCAAAAGUCAUUGAAGAUUCCACUAUGAUGAUCAGACCAGUAGCAAACAGUGACAUCUCCACGGAACUAUCUACUUGUACUUGUGCGAGGGAAGGUAAAGGAACGAUCAUAAGUUUUUGGACAAUGUAAUCUCAUUUAACUAUGGUUUAAACAAUACUUUCCUUCACCCACAAUGAGUUAUUGGUGCAUCACCUAAAAUGUUAUAAAGUUUUUGAUGCAAGAGUAUAAAGUAUGUAAUCAUUCCUAUACAAUAAAAAAAAAAAAAAUCAAGUUGAUUUUUAGAUAAACAUAUGAAAUAUAUUGGCUUAAUAGUGUAUAUCUAUUCCUAUACAAUGAUGUGAAUUGCAUGUAUUUCUGUAUGACUUAUAAACUUUAUGCUCCUUAAUACAAUCAAUGUGAUGUUGAUAGAAAUGUAGUCGAUCCAUCUUAUAAUAGUUGCGGAAUAUUCACUUUUGUUGUAACAGUCUCGUCUUCGACAAAAUUUUAAUUCAAGCUGAAAUUGAUAUAUGAUAUCUCAGUGACCAUUUUUUUUUUUCCGAAGCUUACCAAUGUUUUUGUGACUGCUCUACAUAGGUACAAAGGCACACUACUUUAUUUAUAUUCCUUACUCAAAACAUCCUUGAACAUAACAAUUUAUCAUUUUACAUGAUAAAAGAGGAAAGUUCUUUUUAUUCAAAUUAGUGUAUGAAAUUCGACCUCCUUGCCACCCACUCUACAAAUUCGAUCUCGCUCCUCUUGACUUGGUCGGUGAGAUACCAUGCAUUAUUUGAUUUACACUUUUAUUAAGAUUUCGUUCAAGACGAGCAUGGUACAGCCAAAACAAUUACUCUGCAAAUAUUGUAAUAUACCUAGAAAAGAAAGAUUUUACCGUGUUUUCGUACAAGAAAGAUUUUGAUGAAGACAAUUUUUCAUUUCGUCAUUCAUUUGGUUACAGACGUUUUUUCAGCUCUUCUAAUGGUCUAUAUUCUAAGGUCACAUAAGCUCCUUCAUAUAAUACUUGAAAAACGACCAGUGGAGUUGCCCAAGAAAAAAAAAAAAAGUGUCGCGCAGUUCAUUGGCGACGUGUCUGUCCUCACAGAGACAACAGCAACCUUAACCACUCGCUGCUUGAAGUUUAUACUAUUUAGAAGUGAACAGCUGGUCUUCCAGGCCUUGUGAUAUUGUCAGUUCAAUAAAAGUAAUCAUAUAA